AUGCGACAACACAGCCCUCCAUAUCCUCAUCCCCUUAUCCCGUCUUCCUCCCCGUCCACCCCCUUCGCAAUGCCUGCUUUCAUUCAAACUCCUUUCCUCCCCCUACAGCGCUUCUCCCUGCGUCGUUGUGUCCGCCCGCCCGUCCCGGUGCACCGCCGUUCCCAUCGCCGCCCUGUAGUUUCCUCCCCCUUUUCUGUCCCGAUCGCCUCCGCCGACGACACCCUCGUCCUCACUGAAGAGAACGUCGUCCAAGCCCUCAACGAGGUCCGCGUCAAGUUAGGCAGCGUCUUCGGUAAUUCUGCCGAGAACCGUGGCGUAGGUAUCACGGGCGACGUCUCUCUGUCCGAGCUUGAUGGCCCCAUCGUCGUCCUCUCCCUCAAAGGCCGUUUUUGGCACAAGCGCGCCGACGUUGUAAGUCGCUUCCUUCCUUAUUCUCAUCCUAAGCCGAGCCCCAUCACCUUCCCCUACUGA